CGGGAUUUGGGGGAAACAGCUGGUGGCAUUGCUGUAAAAUAGUGCGGCGGAUGGGCUAAACAAAACAAUCAGGCGUCAUGAGGGUCCCGACGAGUGUGUUUUGGGCAGCUUUCUUUGUUAAACAGGCUCUGGGAGACUUUGGCAUGGCACACUUCAGUGAUCAGGGGAAAAGCAAAGGCAAGGAUUACUGUAUAUUUUACAAUCCUCAGUGGGCACGCCUACCUCAAGAUCUCAACAAAGCGUCGAGGUUGCAAAUCUAUGACCUGACUGGUUCGGUCCUCUGCUCGGCGUCGGAUGUACCGGAAGGUGGCUUUCCCAACCGCAUUGCCAUGGUGCUUCGGGGAAACUGCACCUUUUAUGAGAAGGUCCGACUGGCACAGAUAAAUGGUGCCAGGGGCAUUCUCAUUGUCAGCAAAGAUAGGCUGACACCUCCAGCGGGCAACAAAAGCCAGUAUGAGGAAAUCGACAUUCCCGUUGCCCUCCUUAGCUAUGCAGAUAUGCUGGAUAUCAGCAAGACCUUUGGCAAGGGUAGGGAGGUGGCCAUGUACGCUCCAAGCGAGCCAGUGCUGGACUAUAAUAUGGUGAUCAUCUUCCUGAUGGCGGUGGGCACGGUCGCUGUCGGGGGAUACUGGGCUGGCAGCAGGGACAUUAAGAAACGUUACAUGAAGCACAAGCGGGACGACAGCACAGAGAAACAGGACGAGGAGACGGUGGACGUGACGCCCAUCAUGAUCUGCGUGUUUGUGGUCAUGUGCUGCUCCAUGCUGGUGCUUCUCUACUUCUUCUACGACCACCUUGUUUAUGUGAUCAUCGGUACAUUCUGCAUAGCCUCAUCAGUCAGCCUCCAUAGCUGCCUAUGGCCAUUUGUGCGCAGACUGCCAUUUGGAAAGUGCAGGAUACCAGAGAAUAACCUGCCAUACUGCCACAAGCGGCCCCAAGUACGCAUGUUGUUGCUCACAGUCUUCUGCGUGGGCGUGAGUGCCACCUGGUGUGUCUUCCGCAAUGAGGACCAGUGGGCUUGGGUGCUUCAGGAUGCCCUGGGAAUCGCCUUUUGUCUGUCGAUGCUGAAAACCAUCAGAUUGCCCACCUUCAAGGCGUGUACACUGCUGUUGGUGGUGUUGUUUGUUUACGAUGUGUUCUUUGUAUUUAUAACACCACUCUUAACCAAGAAUGGGGAGAGCAUCAUGGUAGAGGUGGCUGCUGGUCCCAGUAACUCCUCCACUCAUGAGAAGUUGCCGAUGGUACUGAAAGUUCCAAGGCUGAACUCUUCUCCUCUAGCCCUGUGUGAUAGGCCCUUCUCUCUCUUGGGCUUCGGAGAUAUCUUAGUUCCAGGCCUUUUGGUAGCAUACUGCCAUAGGUUUGACAUUCUAAUGCAGUCCUCACGGAUCUACUUUGUGGCCUGCACCAUAGGUUAUGGCAUUGGCCUCCUCAUCACAUUUGUGGCUCUGGCUCUGAUGGAGAUGGGCCAGCCUGCGUUGUUAUACCUGGUGCCUUGCACUCUCCUCACCAGCCUGGCAGUGGCGCUGUGGCGCAGGGAGUUGCCUUUGUUCUGGACAGGAAGUGGAUUUGUGCCUCCCCCCAUUGUCAUGGCACCAAUCAACUGCACUCAGACUGCUGGACCUUCCACCAAAGACGAGCCCCUGACCAAUUCUGAGCCUCAGAGUCCCGGCGCCACAAAUCAGAGUGAAGACCCGCCUCCCUUGCUUCCUCCUGCCGAGAACGAGACCACCAAGUCGGAGUAAUGACUCUUAGAAUGGCAAUUUGUUUCUUCUUUUUUUACAACAUUGAUAUUAAGGAUAUGAAUCAUGAAUUGAGGCAAAGGAGGGAGUUCCUUCGUACUCAUGGACAUGCUGUGGCCAAUCAUCUUGGUGCGCUUGAUGGGUCAGUGAGGAACAAGUGUACACGCAAGAAUCAUUGAGAAGAAUUUGACUGUCUCGUUUAAGAAACACAAAAAAAAACCCAGGUGAAGAUGAGUCAACUCAAGCUUGUACUCACAAUAAAUCACUGGCCUCCUGCUCCUACCCAUGAGAUGGACUAAGCAGACAGCGCAGUUGAACGGUGGACCACUCUACAGGAAGCAGCUAGUCAUUUCUUAUCGGAUAAAUAUUUUAGGUUCUUCUCUGCUCUUGCUAGUCUCCUUGUCUGAAAUGCAGUAAACCAUUAUAAGCCCAGUCUUUCAAAGAAAUAAUAAUAAUAAUAAAAAAACAGGUUAAGCGUCAAAUCCUUUAAAAUAUGGUGCUAAGAAUGAAACGACCCAAAGGUCUUAGCUAACAGUAAUGAUGUUGCACAUCAUUUUCUUUCUUUGUUUUGUAACUUCUGGGUUUGGAGUUAUGCAUGCUGUGGUUUGUAACCACGUGCGACGGCACUAUAUUUUUUAGUUGUUUUUCUUUUAUAUACACAUACUGUAUAGUAUAAAAAGGUACAGAAAUUGUAAUCAAUCCAAGUUUUAAUUCAUACAUUGUAGAGUUUUUUUUUUUUUAUAUAUAUAUGGUAUAGAUGAAUAGACUGCCCUUGAGUGCUUGUAAGUGGUUUGGGAGUAUUGCUUCAUCAAACUCAGUACUGUACUAAAGAUGUGCUUGUGUUUUUUUGUUUUGUUUUUAACUUGACAAAGAUGUAUUUCUUUGACCCCAAGAAUGAUCUGCGAUGAACAUUUUAGUCGGAUCAUCCUGAAUUAUGUAACGAACGACAGGGUGCAAAUGAUCUGUGUUCAAAUUGAAUUUGAAGACAAUUGUGUCUGUGAUACUGAAAGAUUUAAUUGCUGCAUAAAAUGGUCUAUCAAAAAUGUUUGCCAACAGUUACUGAGUUACAGCUAGUUUAAUGUUCAUGCCAUUUCAGUAGUUGUUUACAUUAGCGUAUAUGCUGGGUCACAAGAUGUAUUUUAUUGUAGGAAAUCUGAACCUGUUACAGCCCUGCAUGUCAUUUCAACUCUACUUAGCAAAGAAGUGGAUCUGUUGAGUAAUUUAAAAAUCAUGAAGAUAUAUCGUGAAAUGGUUAAGGACAUUCGUUUUAUUGAACAAUUCAUGUUCUUGAGGUUGUCAUACAUUGGGUGUGGCACCUGGGUUUUUCUUUUUUUCCCUUUUAAUUAUUAUUUUUACCUGUUAUGAAUAUCAUACAAUAAAAGGAAGAGAUACAUUUGAA